CAACGAAAGCAUUUAGCAUCUUGCAGAAUGACAUCAGCCACAGACCUCCCAAUGUCUAGAAAACCUCUCUCAAAAGGAAUCAAAGGUCAUUCAUGAAGAUAUUAAACAGUACUGACAAGGGACACCACUCGUCACCAGUCUCCACCUGGACAUUGAGCUGUUGAAAACUGCCCUCUGGAUAUGACCAAGCCUUCCCAUGCUCAAACCCAACGAUGACGUCGGCAGCUUUGAUGGCUGACAGGCGGUGAGCUAUGGAGAUGGCUGUGCGGCCAAGGCGGGCCUGGCGGGGAACAACAACAGCCCCGGUCACAGAACAGCAAACAGAAAGGCUUGGAACCAGCACCGUGAAAUCUAAAGUUUGGUCAAAUCAAUAGGACUCUUUCUAGUGGUUUCAGCUGACUUUGACUUGAACUCCAUCCAUAGCCUAUAGAUGAGCAUCUGUUUGUGAGCAAAGGGAGCUGCAGAUUUCUAUUAAUGUCCCAAAGAGAACGUGUCCAGAAAACUUCAGUAAAAAUGCUUUGCUACAUAUUAGUCUUUCUUGGCAUCAUCUCUCUGUGGUGGCAUUGGAGGACAAGAGACAGGAUGAAGGUUACAGAUCUUGCUGGAAAAUAUAUAUUCAUCACUGGAUGUGACACAGGAUUUGGAAAUAUGGCAGCAAAGAUUUUUGAUAAAAAGGGAUUCCGUGUUUUUGCCAGCUGCCUGACUGAAACAGGAGCCAAAGAGUUAAAAGCUGUGACCUCAAAGCAGCUUCAGACAGUGCUGCUAGAUGUGAGAGAUUCAGAGAGCGUUAAGAAAGUGGCUGCAUGGGUCAAAGCUGAAGUUCAGUCAGAAGGCCUCUGGGGACUUGUCAAUAAUGCUGGGAUUCUGGGGCCAACAGCUCCUACAGACUGGUUGGAUAUUGAGCACUUUAGAGAACCAAUUGAAGUUAAUUUAAUUGGACUCAUAAAUGUUACAAUAAAUAUGCUUCCCUUGAUAAAAAAAGCAAAGGGAAGGAUAGUAAAUGUAUCCAGUAUUGGAGGUCGCCUAGCGUUCAGUGGCGGAGGCUAUUUUCCUUCAAAGUUUGGGGUAGAAGGAUUUAAUGACAGCUUAAGGAGAGACAUGAAAGCUUUUGGAGUUAAGGUUUGUUGCAUUCAACCUGGACUGUUCAAAACAGCAUUAACUGAUCCAGCACAGGUUAUGAAAGAGAAGGAGGUUAUUUGGAAUAAGCUCCCCCUUGAUAUUAAAAAGCAAUACGGAGAGGAGUAUUUUCAGAAAGAUGCAGCAAAGAAAGAAAAGCUGUCCAGGAUCUGCCUUAACAAGGACAUUUCACCAGUUAUUCAGUGCAUGGAGCAUGCCCUAACAAGUCUCCAUCCACGUGCCCAUUAUGUUGUUGGGCAGGAUGCUAAGUAUUUUUGGAAUCCCCUCUCAAGAAUGCCAGCAGCUGUACAAGACUUCCUAUUGCUGCGGAACAGAGUAGAGCUUGCAGCUUCCAAUGCAAAGUAAAUAUUUGCCAAUAUAACCCCUAUCACAGACAAGGCUGUUUCUGUAAGAUUGGUCCUCUAUAUUGGCAUAAUACAAACUAUAUAUUAAAUACACCCACAUUGCCUAUAAAUGUAAGAAAUAUAUCUAUUUCUUCAAUAUCUGCUACUAUUAAAAAAAAUUACAUUAUUUCAUUUUUCAAGUGUAAACCAGAAAAAACAAAGGAACUAUUAAACUUUCAGAAAUUACUGUAA